CAAAAAAACCAGAUACGGGUGUUAGAGGGUCUUGUUUCAUUUGUCAAUAUGACAAAUAUAUAUGACCUUUUUAAUAUUGUUAGUGCUCCCCUGUCACUGGCCUCCAGGCAGGCUCUUUUCUUAACGGAACAAUGAAUACAAUGAAACCGCCCCUAAUCUGAGUAAGGACAACAACAAAAAAGAUGUGCCUGCUGUUGCAACAAUAUGUCCUCAUUAAAAUUCCACCGCCAUACUCGCGCCACGGAAACCCAUGUCCUCUCGUGCUUGGGUGGCACUGAGUCUCUGCCCGCCUCGUGAAUUUCUUGUGGACCGCGCGGUAGCUCAAUCACAUAUGAUGCUCGUACUGCUAGCCAAGCCUGUUGCCUCCACCGUGUGGUUAUCCAUCUACUAUUGUCAGUGGUCCCAGGAUUUGAGGAGAUGCGCCCCCGCCGUCCUCCUAUUGUGUUUCGCUUGAACAAACUGUAUGGCUCCCCGGGGCAGCAGUGUUGAGCACGGUCGGAUUGAACAUGGAGUUCAUGUGACAUUCUGGUUCGGAACUGGCAAUAUGUGCUUGCGGCUUGUGUGACUGGAGUGGUGAGACAGCGGCUUUUUGGGAUUCAGUUGUACUCGGAAUUACCGACGCACCUUGUGUAAUAGAGAACCAUGAGCACUGUGGAGGAGGACUCGGACCACAUGAUACCAUGAAGAGAAGCCUGCAGGUCCUGCGCCGCCAGCUGCUGAGUGUUCUAGCGAUCCUAUCUGUGCCAGUGGGAGUGGUGUCCUCUACCCAGGAGCUGUACCCCAGCCGGACCCCCAAGGACCCUGUCUCCAUGUCAGCGCCCCACAGCAGCCCCCCUAACCCGCUCCUGCCUCUCCCAGAAUGGCAGCAGGAGGACUCCAGCAGCGGGGACCCUUGGUCCCCCCAGGGAGGGGCGCUGCCCACAGGCAUCAUCAAGCCCACCACAGCCCCCAGCUCCUGGGGCUGGCAUCUAACCCACCACACCAGCCUGGCACACACUGUGACACCACCCAGUAAAGACAGCCUCAUUCAUGCUGCAGCUACUUUCAGUCCUAACACUGUGAACUCUGUGAGAGUAAACCAAGACCCUGGCCCUAGCUCUGUCAGCCCCAGUCCAGUCAAGCAGGCCCAUUCCCCCAGCUCUGGUGCUCUCAACCCAGGCCACAGCUCCAAUUCUCUCAGUGCAGACCAGGGCCUCUUGCCCAACUCAGUCAAUCAAGCCCAUAGCCCAGAUACUGUUAAUGUUAACCAGGGCAACAGCCCUCCUAGCCCUCCCAGCUCUGCUGGCCCACAGAGUGAGGUAGCUCCAGCUGCAGUGGAGGGGACUCCAGACUCUGGGUCUGCCCUGGCUCCUUCUUUGCCCUGCCCGCUCACAGAUAGAGAGCAUACUCUGGGCCUGGAGCUUGGUGGUCCACCAGCCCCCACACACACCCAGGAGCCUAUGGGGGGGAAUGUCAAGGAGCCCACAGACACCAGUCAGCAGGACUUCACCACUGAGCUGCAGCCUUCCUCUCUCUCCUCCUCUUCCUCAGAGGAUGCUGCUCUAGAUCAGACCCUUUGGGAGCAUGUUGAAGCCACGCCCGAGCUUUCCCGACCCCACGCCAUCACCCUACGGGAGGUGCACCCCCUGGUCAACGAGAACCCCACCCUGGAGCUCAAAACAGAUGGCAAUGUCACUUUUCAUAGCGGCAGUGUGGAGGGCAUCCCUGGCAAGGACCCUUCCUCCCAGUGGAACAGCUCAUCCGCUACGGAGCCCCCCUCCACGGCCAGUGGGAACUUUCUGAACCGACUGGUCCCCGCCACCACUGCAGACCCCUGGGGUCCUGGUAAUGGCUCCAGCCCAGCUCUGGACCCACCGCUGUCCAGCGCCACCAUCUGCCUGAGCAAGAUGGACAUUGUGUGGAUCGUGUUGGCCAUCAGUGUGCCUGUGUCCUCAUGCUCUGUCCUGCUGACCGUGUGCUGUAUGAGGAGGAAGAAGAAGUCUUCAAAUCAGGAGAACAACCUGAGCUACUGGAACAAUGCCAUCACCAUGGACUACUUCAACAGGCACGCGGUGGAGCUGCCCCGGGAAAUCACAUCCCUUGACAAUGCUGAGGAGUGGAUGCCGAGGAGACGUGUCUACCCCCUAACGGGGACUACAGAAACAGCGGGGUGGUGCUGGUUAACCCUUUCUGCCAGGAGACCUUGUUCAUCAACAGAGAGAAGUCCUGCGACAUCUAGAGAGGAGGGACGCUGGUCUUGUGGCCAUGUCCUGAAACCACCAAUACAAGACUUUCAAAAUUAAAGUCCCCCGCCACUGCUUUCUCCCUAUUCUCCCACCACUGUCAUUUUUAUACAUGUGGUAAAUCUUCAGAGACUCCCACUUUAUACUCAACAUUAUGAAUAUAUAGACCAAGAAUAAAAGAAGAGCUAAUAACAGACACUAUUUACUAUGAGGGUGCGCCCGCAUAUUUUUCUGAUGUGCAUUUUCUACAAAUGCUUCAUUGUGAUAAGUGUUUUUAUGUCUUUAUAAACGACUGAGUAUGUGUGAUUUCCAUUUUGUUACAGUGGCUUGAUGGUGAGAACAUUGUGGACGUGGUCACUUGAAUUCUGCUUUAGAGAGAAGAUAUUCUGUAAGAACAUUAUGUUUCAUUUUCUUUUUAAUCAAACCCCAAAUAAUUACUGAAAAUCCUGUUGAACUUGAAUUCUGUACCUACGAGAUUUAGGGCAAUGUUUGUGAGACCAGGUUUUAGUAGAGGCAAUGGAGGUAUUAUAAUUUGAACUGCCUCUGUAGCAUGGGGACUGUCUGUGUGUCUGUCUCUUUGCCUAUCUCUCUCUGCCUCUUUGCCUCUCUCUUUCUCUCUGCCUCUUUGCCUCUCUCUCUAUUUGUGUUAUGGAGUAGAUUCUGGUUUUGGCAGAUUUAGUAAAGGUUAGACGUUAAACAAACCUCAUUGUUUGUUUAACGUCUAACCUUUACUAAAUAUUUUGAGACCAAACUUAUUGUAACCUCCCUCCAUAAGUACAGUACUUGUACAGGAGCUUAAACUAUGUUUAUUAUUGUAAUGUAUAGAUUGAAUGAUAUUUUAUUUCAUUUCUGAGAUAUUUUAUCCUGAAUAUUUACUGUGAGCACAUAGUGGCAGUUUAAUCAAACAUACGUAUUUUGUUUCAUUAUCAAAUCAAUUUCAGUUUGUCAUGCUUUACUUUUGCUUUGUCACAUAUUUAUAUUUACUAAAUACUGCGUCCGUUUGUCACAUUGUGAAACGCUGAUCUGUUAAAUCAUACUUCCCUGUGUUUGAAGAUUUUGUUGAAAAUGUUGUCAAUCUACUGGAUGUAUGUCGCUGCAAUGGGCAUGUGGUGCCAUACCAGAGAAAGGGUAUUUUUCUACAUGUAGAAUGGAGAGGAGGGGCAGUAUCUUUUGUCCACCGUCAUGUCUUUUUUUGUAUCGUAGCAUACACUGUACUUUUUACAGCUGAGCAAUAAAAGAGAAAAGCUUUUAACAUUC